GUUGUGGUUUCUGCAAACAAAUGUACUUGUGGGUAUUAUAAACUAACGAUCGCUUGACAAACUUACAAAUAAUACCUAAAAAUAGUUAACUCUCAGUCUAAAUGUCUGACGAAGUGCCUUCGGGACGUUUGUCGCAAAUUUUCGAUACACUUACCAAUUUGGAACAACAGCGACAAAUACAUCUGCAACAACAAAAUCGUAGACGUUCUACUUCAUCAUCACCUUCACCCGUUAACUCAGGUCGCGCUACACCAUCACAGCAAUUUCUUAUACAACAACAACAACACCAGCAGCAGCAGCAGCAACAGCAACAUCAACAUCCAUUUAGUUAUGCACAAAAUUAUUAUUUACGCCCACAAGAUGGUAACGCAUAUUUACAUACUUUUCCAUCGGCAUCGUCGCAAACACACCAUCACCACCAUCACCUGUUGCAAACGCACUACUUUCAACAACAGCAAUAUUGCACCAGUACAAACCAGCAGCAAAUGUCAUUACCGCCUAUGUAUGCCUCACAGUCACUGACGGCUUCCCCGUUGCUAGCGAAACGUGCCACUUCAUUCAGCGGCAACAUGCCAAUGACACGCCCACAUGUCGAGAGUAUCAGUUCUAUGCGUGGCCAUGCUGCCAACAUUAAUAUUGCAGCAUCGCAAUCGACACCGAAUUCGCCGCGUUUAAUGCCACGUCGCGCCCAACGACCGCCGCCUAUACCUGCAAAACCUAAUCUAAACUUAAUUGAUCCUGUUAGCGGAAGUGUUUCUUGUGCAGGAGCCGCUGCCAACGGUGCAACUGCACCUUCGAAAAGUAGCAGUUUAACAGCAGAAAAAACGAAUCUUAUAAGCGGCUCCGCUGCUGCUAUUAAUCCCAUAUUGACGGCUUUGGACACGGACGCGCCUUGGCCGCAUUUCUCAAUGCUCACCGAACAUUUGGACGUGCAUCAAGUUAACAACUACUCACAACCAGUGCCUGAGAUAAAUUGGCAAGAACGCUGUUUAGAACUUCAAUUGGAAUUACAUCGCUCAAAAAACCAAGCUGGCAGAAUUCGCGAUAUGUUAAGAGAAAAGCUUUCAGAGUUGGAGCAACGCGUCAUUGAAGCGGAAGAGCGCGCUGACGAAGCUGAAGAUAAGGUUCGGGCUAUGGAACAAAGGCUGAGUGAAUGGCCGAAACCAACACAAACAGCAACAAAUUCACCGAUACAUCAAAACCAGCAUCAACAACAAGCCACUGCAACAGCACUUGCCGCUACACAACAAUCCACAAGUCUUCCCUCGACUGAUGCUGAAAAGACUAUAACUUCCCUUGAAAUUCAAGUUGAAGAACAACGUCAAUUGCGUUUGCACGACGCACGGCAAAUAGAAGCCAAAGCAGCUAAAAUAAAAGAGUGGGUCACCAACAAGUUACGAGAACUUGAAGAGCAAAACCAACUGCUGCGGGAACAGAAUCUCAAGUGUAAUCAACAAUUAGAACUGCUGAAAAAUCACAUAGCGAAUCAACCUAAUCGUCAUAGCAGUGUAGGGCCACAUCCAGUACGUAACAGCUUAAGUUUGGAUGUUCAAGAUUUUGCAGACACUGCAGAGUCCCGUAGACGUAGUGAAAGUUUAGAUCCACAAGAAAUUAUACAUCGACCACUAACCUCUUCAUAUCCACAUCAUCAGCAUCGACGAAAUUUAUCAAUGGAGCCACAAGAGUUAGAACGAAACUUAGUAGCAGCCGUAGAUGGGCUGACACUAGUGCCCUUAUCGAGCAUAUCAAAAGCGAGCAGCAACAACAGACCUGAUAGCUCUGACACUGAUACUGCGCAUGAUUAUGCGGAAAUAUAUACACCAUCUUGCGAACAAAUGCCAACAUGGAUGAAGAAUAAUACAACAUUAAUGGCAAGUGGAGGCACAUCCAGCACAACAACUACAACAAGUGAUCUGGGUGUUCCUCGACCACCAACUCCACCACUUCAUCGAUUUCCUAGUUGGGAAGCAAAAAUCUAUCAAGUCGCUAAUGAUGGACUAGCUGGCAGUGCGGAGGAUGGUGUUGGCCAAGUCGAUACGCAGCCACCAGAUAUACAAGAAUCAACAAGUGGUGCUGCUUCGGUAGGCAGUACAAGCGCAACGAACACCCUAGCUAAUGGCAGUGGUCAUAAUUUGAACCGUGGUACAACCAGCAAUAAUGGCACAUUGGGCAGCAGUAGCGCUGGCAGUGUCGGUGGUGGUACGCCACAAUUACCAAGCAGACAACAACAAACUGCAAGUGGUGGUUUCUGUGAUAUAUCUGUGCCCGUUUAUGCUACUGUAAAGGGGCGCGCCUCGCAAAUACGUUCCAUGCCAUUUACCGGUGACUCCAGUGACGAUUCAAGCGAUGGUGAAGAUCAUGCCGUUAUGUUAACGCACAACUCACACAAUUCAUCAAGUACCGAUAACACUGAAACCUCAACCGGUAGUGCUUCAAGUCCUUCAAAAAGUCUGAAAACAUCUUCCAGCUUAAGUCCAGCUAAACGCAGUGGUUCCGAAAGUCCUAAAAAUAAUAAGACACGUGUUCACCACACAAACAAUACACAAGCAUCACAAGUACACACCUUACCCGUACCACACACUCAAAUACCUACCAACAAUCAUCUACGUAUCCCCCACAAACGUGGAACAGUAAUUUCAGAUAUUUCAUUUGAAUCAGGCCUCUCUGAUGAUUAUGCAUUACCACCAGAUGCAGUUUCCGAAUCCACAUGUAUGGAUGCGUCUAUGCCAUCUUUACUAAUGCGCCAAUCUUAUGUAGAUUCUCCCAGCAAAAAAAUUGAAUCAUUGGAAAAGGUUGGACAUCUAGCAAAAUUAGGUGGCAAAUUAAAAACAUGGCGUAAACGUUGGUUUGUACUUAAAAAUGGUACUUUGACCUAUUGGAAGAGUCAGCACGACAUAAAUCGUAAGCCACAAGGUCAGAUAAUGUUGGACGAAGCAUGCCGCAUAAACCGUGCUGAAGGUGCUUCCACUUUUGAAAUAGAUACGGGAAAAAAGGUCUACUAUCUUACCGCCGAUUCCAAUGCUACAAUGGAUGAUUGGAUACGUGUGUUGCAAAAUGUACAACGUCGUAAUGCUACAAAAUUAUUACUCAGUCGUGAUGACCAAAAGCCAACUGUACAAGGUUGGGUGACAAAAGUGAAAAAUGGACAUGCGAAAAAAUGCUGGUGCGUCUUAUUAGGGAAAAUGUUUUUGUAUUUUAAAGCACCAGGAGAAACGAAUCCAAUUGGUCAGAUAAACAUGAGGGAUGCACGUGUAGAAGAGGUAGAACAUGUGUCUGACUCUGAUUCAGAGGAACGUGAAGAUCCUGCUCAAAGCCAAGCAAGAUUAACUGUUGCUAUUUAUCCUGCGCAUCAAGGUCCUACGUAUCUUAUAUUACCUGGUAAACAGGAACGUGAUAAUUGGCUGUAUCACUUGACGGUAGUGUCAGGUGGAGGUCCCAGUGCUGGUACACAGUAUGAACAACUUGUACAAAAGCUUAUGGAGACCGAUGGAGAUCCAAAUUGUGUUCUAUGGCGCCAUCCUAUACUGCUACAUACUAAAGACGCCAUUACCUCCCCACUUUCCUCCCUGCAUUCGGAAGCAAUGCAACCAGAAGCAAUAAAACUAUUUAAGAGCAUUCAGUUAUUUAUGUCCGUGGCUAUAAAUCAACCUGGUAUCGAUUAUCAUGUGGUGCUUGCUCAAAACUCACUACAGCACUGCCUCGACAUGUCGGAACUGCAAACGGAAAUGAUUUGCAUUUUAGUGAAACAAACCUCCCGACAUACCGGACAGAAACUAAGUGUCGGCGUCCAGCAACUACUUUUGUGCGCUACACAGAGCCUGUUCGCCUGUGAUACACAACAAGGUGGCGCCGCACAGGCCAAUGGCAGUUCACCAACCUCAAUCCAGGCUCCCGCUCCUCCACCCAUCAUAGACUGCAAGUCGAACCCGCCCGCUUAUUCGUUCGUGCAGGGUUGGCAAUUGCUAGCACUUGCUGUGUCCUUAUUUGUGCCCAAGUCCAGUCGUCUGUUAUGGUAUUUAAAACUACAUUUGGCUAGAAAUGCAGAUACCAAAACCGAAACUGGCAAAUAUGCCGCCUACUGUGAGAGAGCGUUAGAACGUACUCUUAAAAAUGGAGGUCGCGAAACGAAACCUUCGCGUAUGGAAGUGUUGUCAAUUUUAAUGAAGAAUCCAUAUCAUCACUCUUUACCGCAUGCUAUUCCUGUGCACAUGAUGAACUCAACCUAUCAGGUAAUAUCUUUUGAUGGCUCAACUACCAUCGAGGAGUUCCAAACAACUUUAGCGCAAGAGAUAGGUACUCGUGAUUCGACAAAUGGUUUUUGUCUCUUUAGUGACGACCCGAUAGAGAAGGAUUUAGAACAUUAUCUUGAUCCACUUGCUAAGUUGUGUGAUGUUAUAUCAAAGUGGGAAACUGCAUUGCGAGAAAAAGGUUCUGGAAAAUUCGAAAACUCACGUGUCAUUCAACUAACCUAUAAGAAUCGGCUCUAUUGGAAGCAUGCUGUAAAAUUCGAAACUGAUAAAGAACGAUUACUGCUUUGUUAUCAAACGAACGCACAAAUAGUGCAAGGACGUUUUCCUCUGUCACGCGAUUUAGCUUUGGAACUGGCUUCACUUAUGUCACAAAUCGACAUGGGCGAUUAUUCGCAUGAAAAAUCCCGUGGUGGCACCACAAAUGUUGGACUUAAAGCACUUGAUAAAUUUUAUCCUUAUCGGUAUCGUGAUGCCUUAACUGCAGAUCAACUGAAGGAAAUACAAGAACUAUUAAUAUCUAAAUGGAUGUUACUAAAAGGACGUUCUACACUUGAUUGUGUGCGCAUUUACUUAACUUGUUGUCGUAAGUGGCCCUUCUUUGGUGCGAGUCUCUUCCAAGCAAAACCACGUCACUCAGAUCAAGCCAUGGCUUGGUUAGCUGUUUCCGAAGAUGCGCUCAACGUACUAGAACUCUCAUCUAUGGCACCAAUUGCUCGUUAUCCAUACUCAACGGUUAUGACAUUUGGUGGCUGUCAGGAUGACUUUAUGCUUGUCGUUACCAACGAGGAUACACUAGCAACUUCUACUUCACAAGAACAAAAACUACUUUUUGCUAUGAGCAAACCAAAAAUCUUAGAAAUAACACUACUGAUAGCAGAUUACAUGAACGCUUUAGGUCACACGGUUCCUGGUACUCCGCAGAUGAAUACACUAACACGCAACGGUUCGCAUCGUUCUUUACGCUCACGCCCUGGUGCAAGCGGCAAUAGUGGCACUGGUGGUGCUGGCGGUACCGGUUGUGGUACCGCCACAGCCGGUAUGUCCACAAAUGCUACAACCACAGCACAUAAUACACUAAAUUCACAUACCACACACACAUUGAACUCCACGCAUUCUUCGCAUUACAGCAGUGGCAUAGGCGUUGGUCAUGGUAACAGUUCAGUGGGUGGCAGUUUACAAGGCACUAUGAAUUCAACACAUAGUCAUCAUCAUCAUCACCAUCAUCAUCAUCAACCUGAUAUACUUAAGAGCACACCCGAUCAUCAGCGUAUAAAAUAAAAAAUUGUAAAUAUUAUAUUGGAAACAUUUCAAAAAAAUUUUAAACACCAAAAAGUAUGCUAAGACUUUUUACACACAACGUUUAACACUCGAAAAAUGUGCUAUGUGUUUUGUAAAUAUUUUAUUUUUUUUAAUAUUUUUUAUAAUAGAUAUAUAAACUUAACUAAAGAUUGUAUACAUUAGUCUGUAAGUAUUUUAGUAUUUUAGUAUUUUAGAAUAUGAUAAAUUAUAUGUAAUUGACUUAUUAACACCGCACCUACACUAACACACAUAUAUCGUAAUAUAUAUGCAUACUCAUGUAAACUUAGGGUUAUUAAUUAAACGAAACAAUGAAUACCAAAAACAAUAAUGGAUUUACAAAAAUAAAAAAGAAAUAAAUUGUUUGUUGCUCAUACAACGAUUGGUUAAAGUGUUUUGAAA